AUGGCUCGGCUGAGCUGGCUGGCUUUGCAGAGAGCUUUGAUUAGAGGGACGUAUACGGGCUCGUCGGGCCUGAUCUUCAAUUCCUCCUCCAUUUGCCCUGAAGGCUUCGUCCAGCUCCGAAUUCGCGCAGAGCCCGUUGAUGAGGGUCCCGAAAGUGACGGAAUUGGGGGUCACGCCUUGGCUGAGCAUUUCGUCGAACAGGUGGCGGGCACCGGCGAGAUCGGGCCGGGCAAGGAAGGUCCGGAUCAGAAUGUUGUACGUGCAGGCGUCCGGGCCCCCGAAAUCGCGGAUCUCGUCGAGCAGGUCACGGGCCAUGCCGAGCUCCCGGCAGGCGGCGAGGCUGCUGAGAAGCGUGUUGAACGAUUUGAUCGUCCGGCGGCAGCGGAAGGCGGGGAUCUCGUCGAACGCGCGGCGGGCCUCGAGGGGGGAUCGGGCCCGGCCGUAGAAGGUGAUGACGUUGCAGAAGAUGACUUCUUCGGCGGCGAUUCUGGUGUCGUUCUUCAGUUUGUCGAGGACGGACUCCAUCUCCGGGAACAAUCGGGCCCGGCCGAGCUUGGUGAUGAUGAGGUCGAGGGAGUGGCGGAAGGGUUUCGGGUUCGGGCUUCGGUCGUUCGGGUUCGGGUUGAGGAAGAGAUGGAGAGCUCGCUUCGGGUCCUUCUCGAGGCGGAGGAGUGA